UGUCGUUCUACACAUUAGCAUUGUUCUUAUCGUGAGCAAUUUCAUGCGAUCUUUGCAAGAAUGAACCUCCGUAGGAAAUACAGCUUUUAUUUCAGGGGUGUAUAGUGGGCGCCUGUGAAACGCAUAUUUAGUGUGUGGAAUAGCCUAAUCGCGUGAAUUGCCUGUGUACUGUUAAUAAUAAUAAUAAUAAUAAUAAAUAAUAAUAAUAAUAAUAAUAAUAAUAAUAAUAAAUACGAAAGCUUGUAGGAUGACUUUAGAAGCGAAGGACAGUACCGGCAAUUCGCUGUCUGCUGCUGGUUUAUGCAUUGCUGUGCUGUCCAGUUUUGUCAAUGGAUCAACGUUUGUCUUACAGAAAAAGGGGAUAUUACAAGCACAAAAGCGAGGAGUUUCAUACCUAACUGAAUGCGUGUGGUGGAGUGGAACGCUAGCAAUGGCUCUGGGCCAGGUAGGGAAUUUCCUGGCGUACAACAUGGCUCCGGCUGCUUUAGUCACACCCCUUGGAGCGCUCGGGGUCCCCUUUGGGUCUCUCUUGGCUUCCUACAUGCUGCAGGAGAAUCUCAAUGUUCUUGGGAAGCUGGGCUGUGUGUUAAGCUGCACAGGUGCUGCUGUUCUGAUUAUCCACGCUCCGAAGUCUGAGUGUGUGAGCUCAAGGGUGGAGCUGGAAGAGAAGCUUGGAGAUCCAGUGUUCCUCGGCUAUCUCUGUGUCGUCCUGCUGCUGCUGCUGCUGCUGAUCACGUGGGUCGCCCCUGUGCACGGCCCCACUAACAUCAUGGUCUACAGCACUAUCUGUUCCUUGCUGGGCAGCUUCACUGUGCCGAGCAGCAAAGGCCUGGGGCUGGCUGCUCAGGAUGUGUUCACUGAAGACCCCUCCAGUCAGAGAGCCCUGUAUCUCUUGGGGCUGCUAUUGUUCACCCUGGCAUCCAGUGUCCUCAUCCAGUUCACCUACAUUAACAAAGCGUUGGAGCACUUUGACAGCUCUGUGUUCGGUGCUAUUUACUACGUGACGUUCACCACUCUCGUCACAUUGGCCACUGCCAUUCUCUUCAGGGAAUGGAGUGACUUGGGUGCUGUGGACUGCCUUGGCAUGCUGUGUGGCUUCGUCACAGUGUCUGUGGGAAUCGUUCUUCUUCAAGUAUUCAAGGAAUUCACUUGGAGUUGGAGUGAUGUAAAGAAAGCUCCUCGUAAGAAAGACUGAACACUUGCAGUGCCUGCUUCUUCAGUGGUGCAAACAUUCUUACCAUGUUUUUAUUCAUUGUUUUUAAUCAUUGCACAUUGUUUGCAACCUAAUAUGUACAUUCCAGAGUCACAAUAGAGGAACCAAAUACUGUAUCUUGCACAGCACUAACUAAAGAAACUUAACUAUGCUAUAACUAUAUAUUUUUUUUUUGUUUUAUUAAUAGCUAUGUUUAAAACAUAAUUUCUCUGGUGUUUUGUGGUCAGAUUUAUAAUAUGUUUAAAAUGACAACUAUUUGUUAGGCUUGAAAAAAAAAAAAAGCAUUCUCGCAGGUUAAAAUCUCUUGAGAAAAGCUCAUGGUACUGUAUGUAAUAUAUUUAAAGUGAAGGGUUAGGGUUAGGGUUAAAUGGUCUGUGUCGUAGCCAUCCUCAAUUAUUCAGCAGCACAGAUGCAACAGCCUUGAUAACUGACCUCAGAAACAGUGUCCUUCAGUUGAACCCUGCUCAGGAGUAUAAAAUCAGAGUAAAAUCACAGUGGCGGCGGUCGUCUGCUCUGUGCUGAUCUGGAAAAGCACUGCAAUGAAACUUGCUGUUAACGUUAAUAACACUGGUGGGAGGGUGUGUGUUACUGGCAUGUGCUGUGGCUUGUUUAAAAUAAGCUGUCUGUGCAGGGAGAGUUGCAGGACUCUUAGGAAUGGACUGCAUGAUAAUGAGCUCUCUACUCAACACCUGAUUGGCUGAGAGGGUCUGUAAGAGAAUUGAAAGAUGUUUCAACAAUGGUCUGCAAAUCCAAGGAAACGGGGGCCAGCCUUCAUUGCACAGCAAAUCAGGGGAAACUAAGUUAGCUGUGCACGCUGCUUUAAUAGGAGACUGGACCUGGUUAAAUAACUGGGUAGGUUUUCAACUGGAGGAGCGGCACGCAGUCACUAUAUUGUUCUGGGUAAAACAGCCUGCUGUUUGUUGAGCUGGCUGGCACUGUAUUUAACACAUGCUUAUCUCUGAAACCCACGUAUAGCACUGUGGCAUGUUAACUAAACUGUACACACUGUGCCAUGAUGGAAAGCAAAACAAGGAAAGCUCAUUCUUUUUUUCUUACAAGGCACAAAGCAACAGUGCUGUCAUAUGGAACUACCAUAUGACUGUGACGUUAGAUUCAAUCCAAGACAGCAACCUGCAGCUAAUGGGAUUGAGGGCUGUGAUCUUGUGUAUGCUGCUGUUGUCGUUUAGAUAAUAAACACUAAUUAAAACCUCAUUGUCAACUGCUCACUAUUUACUGCAUGUCCCUCCAACAGCACAGAGUGCUAAGACUGGGAACACAUUGAAGAAUGCUACACUGGUCUUGGCAGUCACAAUAAAAAAGAUUAAAUUAAAAACAGUCAUUGUGCAUUGGUAAUUAAAAUUAGUAUAGUUGGGGUCCCAGAGCACUGAAUGUAUUUCUUGUUCAAUCUGUCGCCUGUGAAGAUGGGGUGCUUAUCUACUCAGGAAUAUAUUGAGCAAUCAAGGGACAUCGCUUUCACCAAACCCCACUGAUUCAGCAAGCAAGGGACAGCGCUUUCACCACACCCCAUUGAUUUAGCAAGCAAGGGACAGCGCUUUCACCAAACCCCAUUGAUUCAGCAAGCAAGGGACAGCGCUGUCACCAAACCCCAUUGAUUCAGCAAGCAAGGGACAGCGCUGUCACCAAACCCCAUUGAUUCAGCAAGCAAGGGACAGCACUUUCACCAAACCCCAUUGAUUCAGCAACCAAGGGACAGUGCUGUCACCAAACCCCAUUGAUUCAGCAACCAAGGGACAUCGCUUUCACCACACCCCAUUGAUUCGGCAAGCAAGAGACAGCGCUUUCACCACACCCCAUUGAUUCGGCAAGCAAGAGACAGCGCUUUCACCACACCCCAUUGAUUCAGCAAGCAAGGGACAGCGCUUUCACCACACCCCAUUGAUUCAGCAAGCAAGGGACAGCGCUUUCACCACACCCCAUUGAUUCAGCAAGCAAGGGACAGCGCUUUCACCACACCCCAUUGAUUCAGCAAGCAAGGGACAGCGCUUUCACCAAACCCCAUUGAUUCAGCAAGCAAGGGACAGCGCUUUCACCACACCCCAUUGAUUCAGCAAGCAAGAGACAGCGCUUUCACCACACCCCAUUGAUUCAGCAAGCAAGGGACAGCGCUUUCACCAAACCCCAUUGAUUCAGCAACCAAGGGACAGCGCUGUCACCAAACCCCAUUGAUUCAGCAACCAAGGGAUAUCGCUUUCACCACACCCCAUUGAUUCGGCAAGCAAGAGACAGCGCUUUCACCACACCCCAUUGAUUCAGCAAGCAAGGGACAGCGCUUUCACCACACCCCAUUGAUUCAGCAAGCAAGGGACAGCGCUUUUACCAAACCCCAUUGAUUCAGCAAGCAAGGGACAGCGCUUUCACCACAUCCCAUUAAUUCAGCAAGCAAGGGACAGCGCUUUCACCAAACCUCAUUGUUUGAUAUCAUCACCUGCAAACUACUGCAUGCUGCCUUAUAGAUAACCUGAAGGACUUUUGUAUGCAAUUGAUAACACUUGUUGGUACAGCAUUCAAUAGUGAUAUUGUUGUUUAUUAAAUACACAGGGAGAUCUUUGCAUUAUACUGAAAAACAGAAUACACUCUUUGUAGUAAUUGUAGCAGUUGUGCAUAUUGCAUUGAUUUGUGUCCUUUCACCCACUGCAUAGUUCUGCAAUGUUCUACUAUUACCACAGAAUGUAAACCUGAAUAUUAUUAUUAUUAUUUAGCAUUUUAUUUAGUGAAGUU